AUGCGUCAGGUUCAUCCAGAGGUCGGCCUCACAGCACAGGAGCAGAUGUACCUGCUGUAUGGUGUCAAAGUUGAGUGUCAUCAGAACAUCUCCACACACAACCCUGCAGAUGACCUUUGUGCCCCUGGCUGGGAUGGUCUGAUCUGUUGGCCUCAGGGAUCCACCGGAGCACUAACCAAGGUCCCCUGCCCCAGCUACAUCUACGACUUCAACCAUCAAGGUCAUGCAUACAGGAAGUGUGAUGUCAACGGUUCCUGGGUUUCUGUGGAGGGGUUGAACCGAACGUGGUCCAAUUAUUCCGACUGCUUAAAAUUCCUUUUACCUGGUCAAGAGGAGGAAAAGCAGGACUUCUUUGACCGGCUGUACGUCAUGUACACCGUUGGAUAUGCACUGUCCUUCAUCUCUCUUCUAGGGGCCUUUGUCAUCAUAGGCUACUUCAGACGCCUCCACUGCACUAGGAACUACAUCCACAUGCACCUGUUUGUGUCCUUCAUGCUGCGUGCCGUCAGCAUCUUUGUCAAGGACAAGGUGGUCCACACCAACGGAGGUCUGCAGGAGUUUGACACAGCGCUCAUGGACAACUACAAGACUAUCUCUGCUAUGCCCCUUGACAACUCCCAGUUUCUCAACUUUAUUUUGUUUGUGAAUAUUGUGAGAGUGCUGGCCACAAAAAUCAGAGAGACAAAUGCUGGGAGAUUUGACACUCGGAAGCAAUGCAGGAAACUGGCUAAGUCCACUCUAGUGCUGGUGCUGGUGUUCGGGGUCCACUACAUAGUGUUUGUGGGCAUGCCACACUCGUUCAAAGGGGUCGGAUGGGAGGUCCGAAUGUACUGUGAGCUCUUUUUCAACUCUUUCCAGGGUUUCUUUGUGUCCAUUAUCUACUGCUACUGCAACGGAGAGGUCCAGGCAGAGAUCAAGAAGACCUGGACCCGCUGGAACCUGGUGUUCGACGGGAAGGGACCGGCAGCAUGUGCCAACUACCGGUAUGGCCUCAACCAGAACACUACCAGUCAGCCCCAGCCGCUGGCCGUGAUCUCGGGCACCUCCUCUCUCUUCUCCAGCCAUGUGUACCGCAGCAGCCAAGCCAGGCACAGCGUCAGCACCCACAGCACCUUGCCCGGCUACGUGUUCAGCAACUCUGAGGUGGAUAGCCUGCCCCCAUCCAUCCUAGAGGAGGCAGACGAGCGAGCCAAGCAGGUGGACGACAUCUCCCUCCGAGAGUCCUUACCUGUGAAUAUCACCAGCAUAGGAGAGGACAUGGAGGAGACACUGUAGAGAGAGAGUAGAGGGAAAGUGGGAAUGUACAGCUGACAACAAUUGUGUUUUAUAUUUUUUGAAUGACAGGACAGAGGGAAGGUAGAGCGGGAGAUACACAGGAAUGAGGACCACAAACAGAAAGUGGCUGAGACCGAACUCAAGACUCGAAUUCGCAACGUCAAGGGAAUACGUGGUUCGGAGGCGGCAGCCUUACCACUAGACCAGACUCCGGCAGAUAUGUUUGAUGUUUUGCGGAUACUGUAUAUCACCAUAUCCUUGUCUUACGCCAGCUAGCGCUUAAGAGUUGCAGUUUUUUUCUAUAUGGUCAUUGGUUAUUAUUUUCAUGGACUGUUAUUUGUCACUUCGAGUGGGGGCUAGACAAUCAGUCAGGUCUGUGGCUAAAUAUGGACGGGAAGUGCUGCAGCUACAGACUAGUUUGUGUCUGUGUCAUUCGUAAUGCUGAAGACAAUUACAGUGCCUUCAGAAGGUAUUCACACCCCUUGACCUUUUCCACAUUUUGUUGUAUCACAACCUAAAUUUUAAAUUGAUUCAAUUUAGAUUGUGUCACUGAUCU